GCUUUCGGUAAUGAACCAGAGGCCAGCAUCAGAAGUUCCUUCACCGACUCAACAUUUAAAGUUGGUUCAUCCACCAACAGUUUAAAGGCACCGAUAUCUGGCAUUCGGAUCUCAAGCUCCAUCCUCAAGGCAUCAGCCAUGCAAUCAUCGCUCUUCCAAAGAUCAAACUUCCCACCUGCCUCCUCGAGCUAUUUGAUGAGUUCAAAUUCAAGCACAGAUUCAACCAACAACGACACCAACGACAAAGACAGUUCUACAUUUAAAGACACUGAUCUGAACGAAACCAUCAGUUCAGGAAUUCAAGCCACGCCAGUCCAAAGUAACAUCAGUGAAGGGGGUAGUGAUGCAAAAGGGGCAACUUCAAUGAGUACUGUAAGAUUUUCAAUGGCUCAAAAUAGGCCGUGCAUAGGUAAUAUAUUUUUAAGUCUUCUAAGGGAUGGAUUUUCUAUUAUAUAUUCUGUCUUUAAAUUUUUUUCAAACUUUUGUUCCAUUAACCCCACUCCCACAAAAAAAAAGUUAAAACUAAGUGUAGGAUUAACUUUGUGCAAAAGAAACCUCAUAAGUUUUUAUUCUCAUAUCACUUUGUUUGUUCUCUAAGACAUAAUGAGAUGGAAAAAUUUGCUUCAGUGUUACUUAAAAAGUUGGAAGAGUUUUACGCAUUUUUUUUUGAGCCAACAUAUAUACUGAUGCUUUUUUUUUAAAGCGAGUUAGCAGCUUUGAAUGAGCUUACGUUAGCAAGCAUAGUUUAGGCGUAGAGCCCACCCAUAAGAGCACUUGAUUAUUACGUUGGAAUGAUUGUAUAUUCUUUGAUUCGGUGCCGAGAAUGAACCGUGUUCAGUUUACCAUGUGUAUGUGCAAAGAACACAGCUAUCAGGGUGUUAGCCAUACAUAGAAAAAGCUUAGUGGGAUAUCUAACAAUGAGAAGGGACGGGGCGUAAUGUUUUUUCAAGAAUUUUGUGUAACUUUGCUGAUCUCUGAUAUACCAACCCUACCCAUCACCCCAGCCCCCCUCCCCCCCCCUAAAUAAAUGAUCACAUUAUAUAAAACAAAAGCCUUCACAUAAUAUUGUUGACAAGAUUUUCAUGCAAUAAAAGAAUACGUAGAAUUUUGUGUCCCGUCGGAAAUGUAACAACAUUUGGGGUCUACACAAGACAGGAUACAUAGAUGGAUGCAAAACGACAGAGGGGAGAGGAAGGAGUAAACCCAAAACAUAGUGGAAAAUGGCUCAAGGAAAUAACUGUAGGACAGACCUAUAUAAAAGACCUAUAGGAUAUACCUAUAAAACAUUCCCAUCUGACAGACAUAUAGGACAGAUCUAUAUGUUGAGAUGGAUAGACAAUGCAGUAUAUAAACAAUAGCUUUGGAAUCCAAGACAAGAAAUAAGUCAGUGCUGAGUAGACCAAAGCACUCCACAGGCAUUAGCGCCACAGCAAUGGAUGGAUCGUGUAUCCUAACUGAGAGGUGGAUGGGGAAAAGUGGGAACUAAGAUCAGGCCACCAACUCAUUGCAUCAUUUAAACCAAAAUACUGAAAAAACAUAAUAUAAACACAAUAUAAACAGAUUAAAUGUCAACCAUAACUAUACCAUUUUGUGAUCAGCAAUUAUCAUCAAUCUAUUAUACAUUAACCAUAUAUGCAAUGUCCAUGGACAUUGUAUCUCAUAACUCAUGACUGUCGUGGUUAUUUUAAUGUUUUUUAAUUGUUUUUUUUUUAAAAAUAAUUUUUCAAAAUUUAAUUUAUUUCAAGAACACCCAAAAAUGUAUGUGAUCCUUAAGAAUGACCUCAAUGAAAAACAAAUCUACAUUUACGAGGAAUGCAAGUUUGAGAUCUCUUUCGACCACCGCGGGCUUCUCAAAAUCGCCUUCUGUCUGCCCGACGUCCAGCUAGACGGAGGAGUCUCCGUGGAGGUGAAUAACAGGAUGAUACCAGUCGAUGACCACCGCGGUACGCCUCUGUGUUAGCGAAGGAAUGCGUAUGAAAACUUAAUAUUAACAUGGCCUUUAUAAACCAGAGGAGAAACCCUAACUAUACAUAGAACCAGAGGCGUAGCGAAGGGGUACAAGGGGGGACAGAUAUCCCAGGGGCCAGCUUGUUAGGGGCGCCAAAAAGUGCUUUGUUAUUAUUUUAUUGAUGAAAAUAAUGGGUUUGAGAGUUGAAAAAAAGAAAAAGGUGCGCUUUAAAAUGGAUCUUGUCCCCGGGCGCGAAUCUUGUCCCCGGGCGCCAAACACCCUCGCUACGCCUCUGCAUAGACUGCGACACAUUCACAAAAUUGUGCCAAGAACAUACAUCUAUUAUGUAAUGUUGACAGACUCGCUAUACUCUGUCAACAACAGGAACAUAUUAUGUAAUUUUUGACUGACUGCCAAAUAUUUUCCAAAAACACGAAUCUAUUAUGUAAUGAUGAAAGACUCACUAUGAUGUGUCAACUACACACUUUAUUGUGCAAACUAUACAAAUCUAUCACUUAAUGUUGACAGACUCACUUUAUUGUGCCAAUUACACAAAUCUAUUACUUAACGUUGACAGACUCACUAUAUUGUGCCAACUUCACAAAUCUAUUACUUAACGUUGACAGACUCACUUUAUUGUGCCAACUUUACAAAUUUAUUACUUAAUGUUGACAGACUCACUUUAUUGUGCCAACUACACAAAUCUAUUACUUAACGUUGACAGACUCACUUUGUUGUGCCAACUACACAAAUCUAUUACUUAACGUUGACAGACUCACUUUGUUGUGGCAACAGAACGAAUCUGUUAUGCAAUGAGGGUACUAGAUUAUGAGCGAUACAUAAGCUCUUUGUUUUCUUUCUGUUUUUUCUCCUUCAUUGUUGUGUCAUUGUUAUUAUGUUUAGUCUUAUUUGCGUCAUAUCUGAAAGUCUUCAUGUCUUACUGUAUCUUCCUGCCUAUCUGUCUACCUGCAUAUUUAUAUGUAUACCUGUCUAUAUUCAUGUUUGCCCUGCCAAUCGCUAUACAUGCAUGUCUAUCUUCAUGUCUGCCCUGCCAAUCGCUGUACAUGCCUGUCUAUCUUUAUCUUGGAGAAGAAAACCUGCGUUCAAACAAAAAUCCAAAACUGUUCUCACUCAAGAACUCAAGAGUUAUUCAUACCGCACACUGACACGGCGAAUGUCUCGCUACAGGAACAACGGAAAACUCAAACAAGCAUUUCAAAGGCUGAAGGAAAUGUAUGUGAUGAAUGUAAAAAAAAACAACAAAUUUCCAUUUAUGUAGAUCAAUAAAAAUAUCUCAUCUUAUCUGAAUGAAUACCCGUCUUUCUGUAUCUCCUGCCUAUCUGUAUGUCUGCUUGUCUGUUUGUCUGUGUGGAUUUCGAUCUUUUCGCACGUUCUUAAAGUCCACCUCUUUGUCUAUCUACACUCCGACCAACCAAAAUAAGUCAAGAACUACAUAAGAAGAGAAUUUACUUUAAAGUUGUUUUUCCUUUAUUUUAAAAUUGGUCCCAUUCCCCCGCCCCCAUUUUAUGAAAAAAUAACUCGAAUAUCCCUCUAAAUCCCUCUUUUAAAAGAGACAUAUAAGCAUCGACAGACCACAUAAGUAUAUCACACCCUUAAAUUUAUACAUCAGACCUAUGACACGUUUUUACUUGCUUCAAUAUUUUUAUUUAUAUAUAUAUAUAUAGAUUCGCCAGCAAAGGUCAAACAAGACGCAGGCUAUUUAUAGAUACGCCAGCGUGUGGUUCAAUAAUGAGUUCACUAGCGCGUAAAAUAUAAUUCCCGAUAACUAAGCAAUAUAUGAUAUAUAUUUUUUUUAGUAACGCAAUUGCGUUUGGUGCGUAACAUUUUUUUUUUCGGAAAUGAAAUCGUCUCAAAUUAAGUAUUUUUUAAAAAAUAUUCUGUUUAAAAGUGGUUGGGACAUUAGAAUAUUAAUAUAGUUCUUGGGCGUGAAAUAAAAAGUGUGCAGUGACGUAUCAUGGGCGGGGAGGGGGGGGAGGGUUUAGCACAUAUUUGGGAUUCUUUUAAAUGUGCGUUACUUGAGUUCAUGUUUUGUCAAGUAACUUUACCAGAUGGGAAGUACACACAUUGCUGUCGCCAAUGUUUGGCGGGCUAUAUCUAGUUAUUCAUAUUAUAUAUAUAUUUUUUAUAAAUAUACCAUUAAUUCUAUUUUGCGUUCGAGUGCUGCUUCUUAAUUAAAUCCCCAGCCGGAUGCACGCGGUUUAUGCUGUGGGAGAAGAAUUUUGAUUCAGGAGAAAAAGAUCGGC